UUCCGUUACCAUAACGUCACUUCUGGAUGUCAAUAUGCGGCUUGGUGCAGCGCUGGGAAACGGAACCACUGGAAAGAUGUAAACCAAGUAACAAGCGAAGGCAAGCCUCGACGAACACUCUUAUCGCCUGGAAACCUGUACCUAAGGUUGGAUAAACUGAACCACACCAACCGGCAGCUCACUGAGUCGCUAUUCCCAAAGCGGCGGAGCGCUCGCGUUUAAGCAGCCAUCUUUUGUGAGAGAAUGUACGGGGCGACGCGGCGGGCCUGCUCGAGCUCUGGCCGGGGCCGGAGCCUGCUGAUGCUGACAACCGCGCUACUGCUCUCGGUCGUCGGGCUGCUCACCGGGCUGCCUGGCAUCACCGACGCGAAGGAAUGCGACAAACCUUGUAUGAACGGGCAGUGCAACACCGCUACUGGCAACUGUGUGUGCUUCCCCGGCUGGGUUGGGGACCAAUGCCAGCACUGCGGAGGGAGAUUCAGGUUGACGGGGCCCUCCGGUCAUCUGACGGACGGUCCAGGAAACUAUAAGUACAAGACCAAGUGCACGUGGCUGAUCGAGGGACAGCCCAACACCAUACUCCGAUUACGCUUCAACCACUUUGCCACCGAAUGCAGCUGGGACCACCUUUACGUGUACGACGGAGACUCCAUUUACGCUCCGCUUCUCGCUGCCUUCAGUGGUCUGAUUGUUCCUGAGCGCUAUGGGAACGAGACGGUUCCUGAGGUGGUGUCUCAGUCCGGCUACGCCCUGCUGCACUUCUUCAGUGAUGCUGCCUACAACCUUACCGGCUUCAACAUUUCCUACAGGGUGAACACAUGCCCCAACAACUGCUCAGGCCGGGGCGAGUGUCGCGUGAGGAACUCCACUGGUGCGGCGUACUGCGAGUGUGAAGACAACUGGAAGGGGGCAGCCUGUGACGUCCCCUACUGCCUGGCCGACUGUGGCUACCCCGACAGAGGCCACUGCCAGGGAAAGACCUGCAUCUGCAAGACCGGAUGGCAAGGUGCGGACUGCCUGGUCUCUGUGCCUGCCAACUCCUCCUUCUGGAGCCGCGAGGACUACGCCGAGGCUGGGCUGGCCAGGGCUUCCCACAAGGCAGUGGUGGACCAGGGCAUCAUGUGGGUCAUCGGCGGCUACGUCUUCAACGCCUCCGACUAUCACAUGGUCAAAGCAUAUAACAUCAGUAGCAAGAGCUGGCUGACCCUUGACCCCUCUGUGCAAACUGUGACGCCGCGAUAUGGCCACUCACUGGCUCUUCAUGAGGGGAAGAUCUACAUGUACGGAGGAAAGAUCGACUCCACAGGAAACGUGUCCAGCCAGCUGUGGGUUUUCCACAUCCAGAACCAGACCUGGGUCCUCCUGAGCCCCAGGGCCAAGGAGCAGUAUGCCGUGGUGGGACACUCGGCGCACAUUGUGCCCCCCACCCAGGAGGGGGCCAGUCCCAUCAUGCUGGUUAUGUUCGGACACUGUCCUCUGUACGGUUACAUCAGCCAGGUGCAGGAGUACAACAUCGUGAAGAACACUUGGAGCAUGGUGUCAACAGAAGGUGCACUGGUCCAGGGUGGCUACGGCCACAGCGGUGUUUUCGACCCCAGCACCAGAGCCAUCUACAUCCACGGAGGCUACAAGGCCUUCAGCGCCAACAAGUACGGCCUGGCGGGAGACCUGUACAAGUUCGACGUGGACAAGAGGAAAUGGACCAUUCUGAGAGACAGCGGCUUCUUCCGUUACCUCCACACGGCGGUGAUAGUGAGCGGGACCAUGCUGGUGUUUGGAGGCAACACACACAACGACACCUCCAUGAGCCACGGCGCCAAGUGCUUCUCCUCUGACUUCCUGGCCUACAGCCUGGCGUGUGACGAGUGGACAGUGCUGCCUCGACCGGACCUCUACCAUGACGUCAAUCGCUUUGGACACUCGGCGGUCUUCAGUGACAGUGUGAUGUACGUGUUCGGUGGCUUCAAUAGCCUGCUGCUCAGUGACGUCCUUAUGUACACCUCGCCCAGCUGCGCAGCCUUCUCUAGCCCGGCAUCCUGCAGCCAGGCCUGGCCAGGGAUCCACUGCGUCUGGAACAGCACCCAGGGGACCUGCCUGCCCUGGGAGAGCAACGCCAUCGGAACGGAACCGCAGCCGCUCCCGGCCUCCUGCAACACCCGAUCAUAUGCUGACAACGAGAGGUGUGACCAGUACACGGACUGCUACAGCUGCACUGCUAACACCAACGGCUGCCAGUGGUGUUCCGGCCAGUGUGUGUCUCUGGGAAGCAACUGCACCUCCGCCACGGGGGCCAUUGGGGACAAUGACGUUUGCCCCAAGGACAACCCGUCCUAUGUGUGCAACAAGAAAACCAGCUGCAAGAGCUGCGCUGUGGACCAGAACUGUCAGUGGGAACCUCGCAACCAGGAGUGCAUCUCACUGCCAGAAAACGUGUGCGGUGAAAGCUGGCAUCUGGUGGGCAACUCCUGUCUGAAGUUCAUCACGGCCAAGGACUCGUACGACAACGCCAAGCUGGCCUGCCGGAGCCACAACGCCGUCCUGGCCUCGCUCACCACGCAGAAGAAGGUGGACUUUGUCCUGAAGGAGCUGCAAAUCAUGAGUGUAGUGUACAGGGCCACAGUGACUCCCUGGGUGGGGCUCAGGAAAAUCAACGUGUCUUACUGGUGCUGGGAGGACAUGUCGCCCUUCACCAACACCAGCCUGCAGUGGCUGCCCGGCGAGCCCAGCGACGCCGGCUUCUGUGGCUACCUGGCCGAGCCGGCGUCCAGCGGACUGAAGGCACAAACCUGCAUCAACCCAGUGAACGGCAGCCUGUGUGAACGCUCAGCCAACCACAGUGCCAAGCCGUGCCGGACCCCGUGCGCCAUGAGGAGCACCUGCAGCGAAUGCACCAGCAGCAGCUCGGAGUGCAUGUGGUGCAGCAACAUGAAGCAGUGCGUCGACUCCAACGCCUACGUGGCCUCCUUCCCCUUCGGCCAGUGUAUGGAGUGGUACACUAUGAACUCUUGUCCACCGGAGAACUGCUCCGGGUACAGAACAUGUGGCCAGUGUCUGGACCAGCCGGGCUGCGGCUGGUGCACCGACCCCAGCAACACGGGCAAAGGUCAGUGCAUCGAGGGCUCGUACCGCGGGCCCUUCCAGACCUCGGUCCCGGCCCCAUCCACCCUCCCUGGCCUGCCCGCCAUCCCCCCCCAGCCGGCGCUCAAUGCCAGCAUGUGCCCCAGCGAGGCCAAAUACAACUGGUCCUUCAUCCACUGCCCAGCUUGUCAGUGUAACGGUCACAGCCAGUGUAUCAAUGAGAGCGUGUGCGAGAAGUGCGAGGACCUGACAACCGGCCGGCACUGCGAGAGCUGCGUCUCCGGCUUCUACGGAGAUCCCACCAACGGGGGCAGCUGCCAGCCCUGCAAGUGUAACGGCCACGCCAGCAUGUGCAACCCUAACAACGGCAAGUGCUUCUGCACCACUAAGGGCAUCAAAGGGGAUCGCUGCCACCUGUGUGAAGUCGAGAAUCGUUACCAAGGCAACCCUCUCAAAGGAACAUGCUACUACACGCUUCUCAUCGACUACCAGUUCACCUUCAGCCUGUCGCAGGAGGACGACCGCUACUACACCGCCAUCAACUUCGUGGCCACACCCGAGGAGCCAAACCGGGACCUAGACAUGUUCAUAAAUGCCUCAAAGAACUUCAACCUGAACAUAACCUGGGCCACUAGCUUCACCGCAGGCACCCAGACCGGGGAGGAGAUCCCGAUCGUCUCUCGGAGCAACAUCAAGGAGUUCAAGGACAGCUUCUCCAACGAGAACUUUGAUUUCCGCAACAGCCCUAACAUAACCUUCUUUGUCUACGUCAGCAACUUCACGUGGCCCAUUAAGAUUCAAAUUGCCUUCUCGCAGCACAGUAACUUCAUGGAUCUGGUGCAGUUCUUUGUCACGUUCUUCAGCUGCUUCCUGUCCCUGCUCCUCGUGGCCGCCGUGGUGUGGAAGAUCAAACAAAGCUGCUGGGCGUCACGGCGACGAGAGCAACUGCUGAGGGAAAUGCAACAGAUGGCCAGCCGGCCUUUCGCCACCGUCAACGUUGCCUUGGAGACGGACGACGAGCCGCCUGACCUGAUAGGUGGAAACGUCAAGUCCGUCCCAAAACCCAUCGCCCUCGAGCCUUGCUUUGGCAACAAAGCCGCCGUGCUUUCCAUCUUUGUGCGGUUACCCAGGGGCACCGGCGGCAUCCCUCCUCCAGGACAGUCUGGUCUGGCAGUGGCGAGUGCGCUGGUGGACGUCUCCCAGCAGAUGUGUCUGGGCUACAAGGAGAAGUCCGGAGGCCUGAGGAACCGCAAACAGCAGCCCACUGCACAGCCAUCCACCUGUAUCUGACCAGCCCCCCCACCCCCCCUCCCGACGUGUCCUCUUCUGCCACCCGACCACCCUAUGCUCUCCCAUCAGCCCCCCGCUUCGGCCCCCUCCUUCAGAGACUCCCGCCAGCCCCGCUGUGGCAGGCAGAGGUGCAUGCUGGGAUGCAGGACUAGAACAUUUUGGUGAGGGGCCGAGCCGUCCGGUGGACUGGAGCCUCAGCGGGCUUCCCCUCCCUCUCCUCCUACGGGAACUAUGGCUCCCCGCGCACAGAAUGACCAAAACUGGACACAAAGAGGGGGAGGGAGGGAGGGAGGGAGGGAGGGAGGGACAGAGCGGGUGCGGACUUCAGCCCUUCCCCCCUCAGAAAACAUUUUACCUUUGUCGGCACCGCCUCGUUAGAGUCGAGGCGGCCGCGGCUUGCUGCUAGAAGAGAUCCUCGUCUCGUAGUUUUGAAAAAUCCAGAGACUUUGCAACCCUCUAUGUUUUUUAUUUUACUUAAGUUAUUGUUUUUUUGGUUUUGUAUUUUAUUUUGAAGGCAGGAUCAUACUGGACAUGUUCAACUGCACACAAACACACACACACACACACACGCACGCACACUACAGAACAAACAACCUUCCAGGCCCUUGUACCCAUUUGUAGCCCAUUGUCUCCUGCUUUCACAUUCACAGCUCAGCACUGAGGGCUACUGUCACUGGAGGCUUGUGCAGUUUGGCCCCCGAGCGAGCUGACGCCGUGUUCAGACGUCCUGUAAUGACGAUCUGCCGGAGGAGGCUAGCCGUGCAGCCAGAGCCCGUCCAAAGAGCCCCGCCCAUUUCUAAUCAGCCGCUGUGUCUUCUUCCCCUUUCUUCUCUGUGGCCUGUCUGAAGCUUUGUCUCCGCUCCGGUCCCUCUGUCUCUGUGGCCAACUGGCUGCCGAGCCAACCACCUUCCCCGCCUCUCUGGAAGCAUGGCCGAGUGCAAAACAAGACCACAGCAGCACCUUAUCCGCGCUGGCUCGCCGGCGGACAGGCAGGCUGGAUCGUAAGCCAGCGCCAAAUUGAAACUUUUCCAGCCAAUUACUCCUUCAUUUGCAUAUGCACACGCGCGGCUCUCACACAGACAGCAGAGCGGUUGGUGGUGAGAAAACCCUCCCGUGUGUAACGAUUGUCCUUUUGGCAGUCCUGCGCCUCGAGCCCAUCUGAAACAGGCUUCCUAUAGAUCUUGUGACUCUGAUUGAAUGAAGUGAUUAGGCUGAUCUGCGAGAGGGGAGCCGGGGCAACGGCUCAGCAUCCUCUGUGAUCGUUGCCCAAGAAAUCCAUAGCGUCUAAUUGCUGCUCCCGUGUCCCCAAAUUCAACGCGUGUCCGUCCCCCGCCGCCAGAAAUCCCCUUGCUCUCCUCUUUACCGCUCGACGGCGAUUGUUCCGUGUCCCUAAACUAUCUACAGCUGCCCGAUUGGCCCCGCAGCAGUGACGUCUGUCUUCAUAUUGAUGCUACUUAACACAGUGGAGCUGUUUUCAACUGGACCGGGCGGACAACUCUGAACAUGAAGCACACACACAUACACUAGCAGAGUAAGCAGCCACAAUGCAGGCGGCAGCGUCUGUUUCCUUACAUGCACCUUUUGUUAAGCGGGACUUUUGAAUUGGCCACAUCUCAUGAAAGACCUCGGGUAUUGAAUCAAGAAACAAAACAAGAAAAGGACAAGAAACAAGAGCAUUCAUUGCUUUUUCUUAAAUAAUUUUUCUUAAUCUUGGAAUUAUCUCGUUGCCUGGUCUCCUGGGCUUACUCUGUUUUUGUGCUCCCUGUGUGAGGUUGCUCGGUCCUUUGUAUAUCUGCUCUACCUGCCCUUUUCACAGUCCUUAUCUGAAACCACUGGUCCAUCUAGAAAGAAACAUUACUUAUUUUUGUCAACUGGGGAAAAUGAGGGAAGACACAGAAAGGAAGAAAAAAAAAACUCAGGCGGCUAGUUGGAAACAGAGCUGUUGCUUUGAAAUGUCAAGUCAUAUUCAGUUUUAAGGGCAUCAGGGUGUCACAUCUGUCUUUCUGGCCUUUUUUUUCUUUUUUUCCUCUACAGCACUGAAUAUCAGAGCAGGCUUGGAUUAGUCCUUAAUGGUCAUCUUUUAAAAAUUGAAGUUGCAUAAUACAACACCUGCAGGUUCUUUGACUAAAGCCAGAGGCACACACCAGUACAUAGGACAGUAUAACAUAUAUGUCCUCUUGCUUCAUAAAGUCAUUAACUUCCCGCCCUCAGGGAAGUACAGUAAUAAAACAACUUAAUAACUCGCUUUCUUCCCUAAAGAAUGCGUUGUCUUUAGUUCCAGGCCCUCGCAUGAGUUCAGCAUACUGGAACUGCUCAGCGUCUGGUUAAAGGGCGCACUUUUAGCACCGGGAAAAGGUCAGAGCAGAAAGCAUGAACACAGUUGACAUUCUGUAAUUAUAGAGAGCUCGAUGUGCUCACAACUUCACUCAGCCAACCCAGCGAGGGUUAAGGAGUCAGUGCUGUUCAUAGAGGAAUCAGGGCACUUCACUUUUACUCUGCAUUAUCAAUCUGUUUUUCUUUUUAAAUCUUUUCUCAAUAGAGCAACAUCAUUUAGCCAUAAUGCCCCGUUCAGGUUUUGUUGCUUCUGCAAAGACUUGAUGGU